AUGAUGGCAGAGAGAGGAAGAUCGACAGCGCGGAAAACAUCGAGUGGAUAUGGUGAAGGAGAAGCACACGCACGCUCUACAAGUCACUCAGCCUCACGCUCACGAUCACCAUCACUGAGUAGAAGCAGGGACAGCAGAAGCAUGAGUAGAUCACCAGCCGCCACCCCUCGUGGUCUGAAAUGCGUCUGCGUGCGUAACCUCACUAAAAACGUAGCCGUAGAGCACCUAGAGGAGAUAUUCGAUGCUUAUGGGAAGAUAAUCCACGUAGAGCUGGCUAGAGCGAGGAAGAUAAACACUCAUAUGGGUUAUGCGUUUAUUUUCUACGAGCACGUCGAAGAUGCAGAAGACGCUUGUGAUUUCAUGGAUAAUGGCAUCAUCGACGAGGUUAGAGUGAAUGUCGAUAUGUCCAAGAUGUCCAUCCAGACGCUGAGAGAUAGACACAGAGAUAACGAUAGAUACGCUCACCGCGACCGAGAAAGCUCACCACGUAGAAGAGCUACAGAUCCCAGAAGAGAUUAUUCUCGCAGUUAG